GGCCAUGGCGGAGGCGGCGGGCGGCGGGGGCCCCGGCCCCGGCGCGGAGCUCGCGGCCGUCAUCGGCGCCACCGUGCCCACCGGCUUCGAGCUGACGGCGGCCGAGGAGGUGCAGGAGAAGCUGGGCUCGGCCUCCAGGAUCAGCCGGGACCGCGGGAAGAUCUACUUCGAGGUCCCGGCCGACAGCCUGGCGCAGGUCCAUCGCCUAAGGUCAGUGGAUAAUUUGUUUGUUGUUGUUCAGGAGUUCAAGGACUACCAGUUUAAAGAAAACAAGGAAGAUGCUCUAAAGGAUUUGGAAGAUUUGGUUAAAAAGCUGCCUUGGACCAAUCCAUUGAAAGUUUGGGAGCUGAACAACAGUUUGAAAAAGAGAAAGACAAAACGCAAGAAACAGAAUCUGCCAAGUACUGCAAGCAAAGAGAAGCUGAAUGAUGACAGGGACGAAGGAACAGAUCAAAAAGAUGAUGUUGAACAGGAGGACUGUGCCCAAAACGCUGCCAGUGUGGAACCUGCUAUUGGGCAGGAUACAGAAGAGGCACAAGGAGGGGCUUCCCAAAACGGGGAGGAGGAUAAUGAACAGUCAGAUGCUAAAGAUGACUUGCAGGCGGGUUGUGGGAGUGAGAGCCAGGCCAGUGACAGUCAGGCAGGGGAAGGAGAGGCGAAGGUGUUGAAGUUCCGUGUGACGUGCAACAGAGCAGGGGACAAGCACAGCUUCACCUCAAACGAGGCUGCCAGAGACUUCGGUGGAGCUGUGCAGGAGCAUUUCCAGUGGAAAGCUGACAUGACUAACUUUGACGUAGAGGUUCUUCUGAAUAUUCACAACAGUGAAGUAGUUGUGGGCAUUGCCUUAACCGAAGAGAGCCUCCACAGAAGAAAUAUUACACAUUUUGGACCCACCACUCUUCGUUCAACUCUUGCUUAUGGCAUGCUUCGGCUCUGUGAUCCACAGCCAACAGAUAUCAUAGUUGAUCCCAUGUGUGGUACAGGUGCAAUACCAAUAGAGGGAGCUACAGAAUGGCCUAGCUGCUACCAUAUUGCUGGUGAUAACAACCCACAAGCUGUAAAGAGAGCAGCAAACAACAUCUCUUCUUUACUAAGGAAGAAUGAGAAUAAGGAAAGCAGCAGCUCCCUGGGCAUACCCUUAGACAUCAUUCAGUGGGACAUUUGCAACCUCCCUCUGCGGACGGGUUCCGUGGACAUCGUUGUGUCAGACAUGCCGUUUGGGAAGAGGAUAGGGUCAAAGAAGAAGAACUGGGAUCUCUAUCCAGCCUGCCUUAUGGAGAUGGGCCGGAUCUGCACACCGGGGACGGGCAGGGCUGUGCUGCUCACGCAGGACAAGAAGUGCUUUGCCAAGGCCUUGUCACGGAUGGGGCACAUCUGGCGCAAGGCUCAGACCGUGUGGGUGAACGUGGGCGGCCUUCACGCUGCAGUGUAUCUGCUGAAACGCACCUGGGAAAGAGCAGAAGAAAAAAGAUCAUUCUGGUAACUUGCGUGGAAGGACACAAGAGACAGCUGCAGAGUCUGUUGAAUAGCAACCUGGUAAAGCAGGCACCCCAGAGCAAAGGUCUGUCUGUUCCCGAGGAAGAGCACCAAACGCACGAUGUAGAAACUGUGUAACACAGAUAUUAAACCAGGGGUCAGCUUGACAGCUA